AUUUAAUGUUGCACCGUAUAUUACCAACGGAUAUCCGGUUGUCUUGUUUAUCAUGUGAUAAUUAGGUUUGACAUAAUAAAAGUCGUAGUGUAACUUUGACGUUGAAAAUGAAAGGGUUUUUGGUUCUUCUGGGUUUAUUAGGUAGGUUCAUUAACAUGCUUAUAUUUAGUUUAUAAUACUAAUUUCUUUUAAAUGUAAUUGUGUUUUUGUAAACAAUGUGGAAAUAUAUUUCAUUUGCAAGGCGAAAACGUUGUGUACACUUUUCUCCACUCAUGAAUGAAACUGGUCUCGGACUGUUUUCACCCUGGAUCUUCAUCCUUGCCUUGUCCUUGUGAAUUAAUUUGUAAUUUAAACUGUUAAUUCCCAAAUAUUUCUGUCAAAAAUUGUAUUUAUAAGGCAUGUGAGCGUAAAUUUAUGUGUAUGGAACCUACCUAGUAUCUUCACCACUCUGAUGCCGUCUCAGCUCCGUUGGAUGGGACACGUAGCCCGUAUGGCAGACCACCGGCUCCUGAAACAAUUAUUCUUCGGAGAACUCACGAUAGGUAAGCGCUCCCAAGGAGGCCAAAAAAAGCGUUACAAAGACUCACUGAAAGUGGCACUAAAGACUAAAGGCCUUCAGCAUAAACCCUACUCAAUGGGUGCGGACAGCCCAGGACAGAGCCAGGUGGAGAGCUGCUGUCAAGAAGGGGGCUAAAUCCCAUGAAGCUAAUAGAAUAACCACAGCUGAGACACACAGGCUUGUCCGAAAGAGCAACAUUAGGUCAUCGUCUGAAGCAACUAUUCCAUGCCCACAGUGUCAUAGAUUAUUCUGAGCAAGGAUCGGUCUAACAAGCCACCUAAGAGCUCACCGUAAUCCCAACCCCCCCGCCCGCCCCUAACCGGAUGAUUCGAUGGUCCUUGUCGACUUCGACGGACGAACAACAACAUGUGUAUGGAUAAUGCAUAUAUUAAGCCUAUCGCUAUUGACAAUUGAAGAACCUUGAGAUGGAGUUCCUCAAACCAGUGCAACCUUUUUUUUUUUAUAUACUGGUAACAUCUUAACUCCCCAAAAACACCUGAGACUGAGAGCCAAUAGUCCUCACUAUUACCGGUACUCAAUUAAGCCCAGCUGAGUUAGGUUUAAUUCAGAUGUCAAUGCACACUUUGACUUUGUAAUGUCGGGAUGGGUAAAUGCAGAUAUUUGGUGCCAUGUAUGUACUGUGUGCCUGACGUUUCGCUCCUGAGUUUCUGAUGCGUGACCUCCCAUUUGUUUAGUCACGGAAUGUUACUAGAGUUAAUUAUUCUCUAUUUUUUGGUAUUAUUAUUAAGUGCAUUACCCAGCCUAGGGCUAGGCUCAUUGCACUUUACAUAAAAAUUAGCAAUUACAGAAAAUUAUACAUUUUAAACAAUUGGUAAAAAGCUUAACCUCAUCCACCCAAGUACUAUCUACCCAUGCUUAGUCAUGGACAGCACCCAGCAGCAUCAAGCAUUGUUUAUCAGUUAGAGUUGGGGGGGAGGGGAGAAUGAGUCGGUAUAGUAAAGUUUAAAGAGAUGGGUUUUGAGGGCAUUUUUGGAGACUAGGAUGGUCAGUAUAUUGCGGAUGUGUAAUGGGAGAGAAUUCCAUUGCUUGGGGGAACAGAAAGAGAAGGAUCGUUAAUCAUAUGUCAUAUGUUUUAGUGCAUUUUCUGAGAACAGAAAGAAUAUGCAUGUCUGCAGAUGAACAAAGCUUAUGAACGUGGGGUUAGACAGAAAGAAGUUCAGUAAGAUAGGAACCAAGAAAAAGUUGUGACAGAACAGACAGCUCGUAAUCAAUGCAUGUCUGUAAAGGGAGUCAAUGGAGGCGGCAAGUAGUGGAGUGACGUGAUCACAUUUCUUGGCCUUUAGAACCAACCUAUUAACUGAGUUUUGACCUUUCUGAAGUUUUUCUAUGAAAUGUUUUGGUGAACCUGACAGAAGAGAGUUACAAAAGUCAAGACAAGAGAAAACAAGAGCACAGACUAGUGUUUUCAUUACGCUAACUGUGAGGUAGUGGCGGAUGGAGCUGAUCUAACGGAUAGAGGUGUACUCAAAGUGACAGAUGUGAGAAAUAUGAUUAUUGAAAGACAUGUCAGAAAGAAUGUAACCAAGAUUCCAAGCAGAGGAUGUGAACUCUAUAUCGGAGCUACCUGCUUGAAAUGAGAUGGGGAGAACUGAUGGAAUGUAUGUCAUAGUGUGUGGUUAAUUAUAUUUCAAAACGAGUUUAUUUUGACCGUAUGAUCAUCUGAUCUUGUUGUAAAAAAUGGAAUGUGACUUAUAAAAAAAUCGUUUGGAUUUAUAAAGUGUAUUCAAUGAAACUGUAGGUUGGGUUUUAACUUAAGUUUAUUUCAAAUUUAUGAUAGUUGAUCUUCUCAUUACAGACGCAUUACAGUGUGUAACUGUAGCACAUUCACAUGAACACAUGACUUUAGGGUUCAUGUUGACGUCAGGUCACAUAUUUAAGGUUUCAAUAUUUGCACUCGGGUUGGUGGAGGGGGGAGGGACGACGACUAAAUUUAGGGUUAUAUUUACGCUUGAGUUAUGGAUACUGACUUAGCAUUCAGGUUAGGCUAGAGUUGUAGAUUUUAGGCAGCAGAUGUGUUUUUGCACUCCUUUUUUUUAUACAGAGGUAUUUAGCCUGGAGUCUGGGAAAUACACAUGUAACAAAGUAAAACGAUGCAAGGCCUAUACAAUACAAUGUUGGUGAAAAAGUGAUGCAUAUUGCCAUAAGUCUAAGUGGGGUCAAAAAUUCUUGGAGAUAACUUAAAGAAGGCUCAAUAAAUAAAAAUAAAAUUUCAAAAACAACUAAAUGAAUGUGGUUAGAAUGUAGGCAAAGUAAUAGCAAUAAAAAAAAUUCCUAUGUCUCCGAUCUCAAGUUAAAAAGGCUUUAAAUAAAACAUAUCUUUAAUACAGUUACUAGGUUUGAGGUUGAGUUGAUACUAAAUUAAAGAAUGCGGUUCUGAAGCGUGGAUUAAAUUGCUCUAUUGAGCAGUUAUAGCAGUUAGGUUUUUCCAGUACAAUAUCUCUAUUGUAUAUAGGUAUUUUGUUUAGCACACUCAAUAAAAUGAUUGGACUUCAAUAAUAUUUACAUCAAAUAUUUAAAUAUGAAAAUUGAUGCAAACAAGUCAAGUUUUUUCCACAAUUUUGAUCGAUUGUUUAAAUGUUCAUUCCAAUUCAUCUACAAAUUUUUAUUUGUAUAGGGAAUUAUGAAAAUAAGUAUAAUAAAUAAUCCAAAUUUUUCUUUACAGUUGUACAGUGUACUGGCCAGCAUCUUCAUGUGAAGCAUGCGCCAUCUUACAUUGUCUUCCAGCAACAAUCAUCUGACACGCCAGUCAAGUCGGGGGAUCUUCACAAGGUGUUAGCAGGACCCCUUGGCCUGGAAAAAGUAAAUACACUAGCAUUACUCAAGCAAUGGUGUCGUUAAGCUUAUUUUGUAAAGCUUUUGUCUUUGGAUGCGACGAUUUGCACCCGGGUACCAGACGUGAGGGGUUGAGAUUAAACAACUAUUUAAAAUGGCAUUGUUAUGUUUGUGAGAUGAAAUGGGGUAUCAAAUGAAAGAUAAUUGAAUGGACUAUAUGUUUGUAAACUUAGUUCUUCAGUUUAACUAUAAAAAAAUUGCAUCCGAUGGAAUUUAGUCUAAAGGGACCCGGGUCUGAAUAGCGCUAUACAUACCCCGGUCCCUUUAGACUAAAUAUAGGCAAUAUAUCUGCCCUUAUGUCUACUUUGGUUUAGUCAUUAAGUUUAAAAGCCUUAGAAAAUUAAAUUUCAACACUGAUACUAUUUAGCUUAUCAGAUCCGAAAACUGUCUUUAACAAGCCUUGUGUAUUUUCAGAGCAAUCCCAUUAUUCAAUCAAAGUCCCUAUUGAAGAAACCCAAAGCUAAUGUACUGAUAACAAUUGCUACACACAAGGACCAACAGCUAAAUUUUGAUGCUUUGAAAAUAAUUCCAGUGGAUUGGGUAAGUUAACAGAUUGUAUAUCAAAACUUGUAUAUUUUUAUAGGAUUAGUGAAAGUACGCAACCUUAAGAUUGAUUAAGUUGCUUUCUAUUUUAUUUUAAAUUUAAUUUGCAAUAUUUUUAAAGGAAUAUUAAAAAUCAGAAUUAAUGUUGAUAAUUUAACAGCUCCAUAUGGUUAAUAUUAAGGACUUUUCCCCCAUGAACAGACUGACUCUAAUGUGGAUGUUGAGCAUAUGAUGAACAAUGUAGAAAGCAAAUUUGUGGCCCCAGUUACGCUUGACAUUGUUUCAACUCCAGCGGUAAGUUUUAUUUUAUGAUGAUUCUUAAACGGAGUCUUGUGCGCACUAAGCUGAGUUUAUUCGAAAUAAUAAAAAUCAUACUGUCUGCAUCUGUCAAGUGGAUGUAGUUUUAUUUUAAAUUUUCUAUUUUCAUUUUCUUUUGGGUAGUAUUUCAAUGUCAAGACCGCUACGUCCAUGUUCCAAGAUCUGCCUUCCUCCUUGUCAUCUGCACGAGAACGUUUAAUUGAAAAUAACUCCUUCAUGGUACGAAUUGGUAAAAAGCUCCACACUUCACCUUUGAACUCCAGCCGCUCAUGUGAUGGAGACCUUCUUGCAGAAAUGAAAAUACUUGAUGAAGUCAUUGCAGUUGUAAGUGACUCUUAUGCAGACUUUAUCUGCUGUUUUCAAUUAAGGUUUGUAAAGAUAUUAAAGACGGUGUAAGCGUUAAUUUAAUUUGAUACAUAAGUGCAAAUAAAGAACUAGAUCGGUUUCUCAUACAACUACAGAAUAGGUACUGUUAUCUGUAAAUUUAACUUUAAUUUUUUUUAAACUUGUAUAAACUAUACUAUUAAAAAAUUGUGUUUUUCAGCUGAAGAAGAACUCGGCUAGCUUGGAUACUAAGGCUCCUGAUCUUUUAUCUUUCACCUUAUCUGGCCUGAAGUGUGUUGUGGAUAAAUAUGGUGUCAAUUCCAUUGAGGCCAGAGAAGCCAAGGAUAUUGUCAUUAAACACCUGAACACGGUACUGACUCCAUUUCAUCAUAUAUCAAAUUGAUUUGCUGGUUUUUUACUAAUAUCAAUUGAAAUCUUGAUGUUUCCGUUGGUUGUUUUUGAGGAUUGUUAAUUCCGUUGAAUCGAAAUCAAUUAUGAAGUGGGUUUCCUUUUAAAAUAGAGGUGAGACGCAGAUGAUUUGAUUGUAAACAAUGUUUAGUUUCACACUUGCAUACUUUUUUAUUGUUGUUUGCUCCAGGUGACAGAGGAUCUAAAGGCAAUAUACCAUGAUAAUGUGAUGGUAGUCUUACUGACCGUGCCAAAUGUUGAAGGUGUUCAAGUGAGAAAGACAAGGAGUUUGAUGCAGGCUGCAGAACCAUCAAAUCAAGUGGAUGUAAGUAAUGAAGUGUCUUUGCUUAAGCCACAUGUAAAAAUAUCAUUUUAUAAAUAAAUUUGAGUUGUUAAAUUUUAGAAGGUAAGGGGUUAUCAGGCCGCCACCCAAAAGCAACUAGUUGUAGAAGUGUGUUUGAGGCCAACUGCUCACAAACCAAAAGUAGCUAGUUGAACUGGUGUGUUCAGGGCCAACAGCUCACAAACCAAAAGUAGCUAGUUGAACUGGUGUGUUCAGGGCCAACUGCUCACAAACCAAAAGUAGCUAGUUGAACUGGUGUGUUCGAGGCCAACUGCUCACAAACCAAAAGUAGCUAGUUGAACUGGUGUGUUCAGGGCCAACUGCUCACAAACCAAAAGUAGCUAGUUGAACUGGUGUGUUCAGGGCCAACUGCUCACAAACCAAAAGUAGCUAGUUGAACUGGUGUGUUCAGGGCCAAUUGCUCAUAAACCAAAAGUAGCUAGUUGAACUGGUGUGUUCAGGGCCAACUGCUCACAAACCAAAAGUAGCUGGUUGAACUGGUGUGUUCGAGGCCAAUUGCUCAUAAACCAAAAGUAGCUAGUUGAACUGGUGUGUUCAGGGCCAACUGCUCAUAAACCAAAAGUAGCUAGUUGAACUGGUGUGUUCAGGGCCAACUGCUCAGAAACCAAAAGUAGCUAGUUGAACUGGUGUGUUCAGGGCCAAUUGCUCAGAAACCAAAAGUAGCUAGUUGAACUGGUGUGUUCAGGGCCAACUGCUCAUAAACCAAAAGUAGCUAGUUGAACUGGUGUGUUCAGGGCCAACUGCUCAUAAACCAAAAGUAGCUAGUUGAACUGGUGUGUUCAGGGCCAACUGCUCAUAAACCAAAAGUAGCUAGUUGAACUGGUGUGUUCAGGGCCAACUGCUCAUAAACCAAAAGUAGCUAGUUGAACUGGUGUGUUCAGGGCCAACUGCUCAUAAACCAAAAGUAGCUAGUUGAACUGGUGUGUUCAGGGCCAACUGCUCAUAAACCAAAAGUAGCUAGUUGAACUGGUGUGUUCAGGGCCAACUGCUCAUAAACCAAAAGUAGCUAGUUGAACUGGUGUGUUCAGGGCCAACUGCUCAUAAACCAAAAGUAGCUAGUUGAACUGGUGUGUUCAGGGCCAACUGCUCAUAAACCAAAAGUAGCUAGUUGAACUGGUGUGUUCAGGGCCAACUGCUCAUAAACCAAAAGUAGCUAGUUGAACUGGUGUGUUCAGGGCCAACUGCUCAUAAACCAAAAGUAGCUAGUUGAACUGGUGUGUUCAGGGCCAACUGCUCAUAAACCAAAAGUAGCUAGUUGAACUGGUGUGUUCAGGGCCAACUGCUCAUAAACCAAAAGUAGCUAGUUGAACUGGUGUGUUCAGGGCCAACUGCUCAUAAACCAAAAGUAGCUAGUUGAACUGGUGUGUUCAGGGCCAACUGCUCAUAAACCAAAAGUAGCUAGUUGAACUGGUGUGUUCAGGGCCAACUGCUCAUAAACCAAAAGUAGCUAGUUGAACUGGUGUGUUCAGGGCCAACUGCUCAUAAACCAAAAGUAGCUAGUUGAACUGGUGUGUUCAGGGCCAACUGCUCAUAAACCAAAAGUAGCUAGUUGAACUGGUGUUUUCAGGGCCAACUGCUCAUAAACCAAAAGUAGCUAGUUGAACUGGUGUGUUCAGGGCCAAUUGCUCAGAAACCAAAAGUAGCCAGUUGAAGUGGUGUGCUUGAGGAAAGUGGCUCACAAAAUAAGUUGUAAAAAUGCUCUAUCAAGAAUUCAUGGCCUCUACCAUUACAGGCUGAUUUUAAGAAUAUGGUAAUGUUACAUGUCUUCCAUGCUUACCACUGAUAAAACCAGGGUACUGGACACAAAAACAUUUUUGUUACAAAGUUAUAUCUUUAUCAAGACUUAGAAGUAUCUUCAAGCAAAUUACUUUACCCAUUUUCCCAUGUUUGUUUUAAACAAACUCACUGCGUUGUGAUUACGUCCCUUGUUCAGAAAGUCAAGCUGAGAAAAUUAAUCCAGCUCAUAACUGGGCAUUUUAAGGUUUUUAAAAUCUGUAUUAAUUAAUGGAUUUUUUGUUUUGUUUUUAAACUCAACUUUUUUCUGUUUAUAGUACUCAAAACUCAACUUGGAGAUAGAUUGGGAUCAAGACUUCCCAGCAGCUUUCAACAUUGUGCUGUGGAUAAUGAUCAUCCUUGCCAUCACUGUGUUCUUUGUUGCCUAUGGUAUCUGGAAUAUGAACCCCAACCUCGAGUCUAUCCUUUACAGAGUGCCACAAGAUGAAUUGGCCAAGAAAAUCAAUUAACGACUUUGAGAAAAGAUGGGGAUAAAUUGAUUUUUUACUUAUCGUUUAAAAAAAAAUGUAAUGGCUGAGAUUCAUCGUUAUACCAGUAAUAUUAAAAGAGAAAGUAGCAGUCUUUUUGGUUCCAUGAUUGUUUAUUUUUUGGUCUGUGUAAACAAAUAAAAAUGAUAUGAAAAUAAUCCUGAGAGUAUUUAUGACCAAGAAAUCUCAGUAUAGCAGUAGAAUAGUUUUAACACUAUCAGGCAAAAGUUUAAAUUUUAACUUUUUUGUUUUUGCAUGCCAAUAUUUUUUAAGCUUGAAAGUGUCUGCAUUCUGAUGUUUUGUUUGUCUGAUUAUUUGUUAACGUGGAAAUGGAAGUACUAAUAUUAGGAAUUUUCACCUGGCUAUUUUUUGGAGUUAUGAAAUCUAAACAAUAUUUUUUUCAUGUACUGUAAAUGCCAGAGUUAAUCAAACACUAAAAAGUUCAGUAUUUGAGUACUCCAUGACAAAGAAUGGUAUUAAAAGAUUGCUUUAAUUAUACGAGUUUCACUAAUUGUUAAGAUAGGAUUUGAUGGCAUUCUUUUUAUUGUGAUAUAUUUUUUUUAGACUGACUGCUAUAAAAUAUGAUUGUUGUAAUCUUUGUGCAUUUGAUCAUGAACAGAUGUUUUCAUCCCACCCAUUUUACAUGCAAAUGAGAGACCAUCAUAGCAUGAUUAUUUGGGAAUGGUAAGGAAGGCAUUCACUACUUUUCUUGUUUUUACUGUACAGUGUCAGAUCUUAGAGUGAAAGAAUUUAUGUGUUUUGAAGAUUUGAAUAUGAAAUUGUAUUCAUUUUACUUGAAAGACAUUCCUACAAGGGUAGUUUAGAUUAUUUUUUGUUUAUGUUGAGUAUGAAUGUAUGAGGAAAUACUUGGAAAAGAUAUAAACUAUGCAUGUGGGCUGGAAGCAGAAGCGAUGUACAUUGAAUAAGGAUAGAAUUUUUAUUGGGCCAUAACAUUCUGAUGGAAUGAGUCGUGUGUGGGUAUGUAUGUAUGUAACAUGUAUAUUUCAUAGCAUUCUUCAAUUGAGUAACCAAGGAAUUGUAAUCUAUUUAUGUCAUGAAAACAUUUACUUUGUACGAUUUGUCUUUUAUUUUCUUCUUGAUGUUUCAUAGCAUAGCUGUGAUUUUUAACUUUGUUUUCUGUGAGAGUACAAAAUGAGCCCCCGGGUCAUGUCCCAAUUACAAGUGGAAAGAUAUUUGAUUGAUGUUUGCCGUGAUUGCUCUGGAGAAGUUUUUUGAAAAAGAAUAUUUGUAAAAUUGAAGGAACAUCACUUGGCAUUUUCAGUAAACUACGGACGGCUUUUGGUUUUUAAAAAAAAGUUUGGUUCAACCAAGCGCGAUUUGAUUAAAAUAGACUCACAGAAAAUGUGCAUGAAAUGUGUAGGUGUAUUUUUAAUAAGCUACUGUGAGGCAGAAAUUUUUUGAAAGAAUUGAAACUAUGUAACAACCCUUAUUGACUUAAAUUGUAGUAGUUGUAUCAUAAAGUCAGUAUAUCUAUCUGUAUAUUAGUCGGAUAUUUAUUUGUAAAUGUAAUUUUUUUUUAAAUGAAUAAAUCUCUUAAAUGGGUCUGUAUUUUUUUUUUUCCAUUUAAGAGCGUGGGUAAUCUGUAAUUUGAUUGCUGCUACACAUCACUGCAGACACUGGCGGCAUGUACAGAGUUAGUAAUGAGGAAACCCUAAAGCUUCAUAAACAGUAACAGGUGUUUAAUAUUUCAGUUUAACCACACUACAUACAUUUAAAUGCAGCAC